AAUAGUUACUUGGGAAGGAACAGCAGAAGGGCUCUUGGAUGUUUUUUCUGGCUUUUACUGUCAGCACUACAUAAUAAAUGAAGAUUCUCGUGAGAGGAAAAGGCUUGCUCACACAGUAGAUGGAAGGGUGCAGCUAGCAGAUCAGUUGUACUGGCACAGUGAAUGUGCUGUUACUUUUGAGGAGUGUCCUCCAGAUUCCCAGACAUCAUGUCGGUAGGAUUGCACUCCCCAGGAGGGCCCAAUGGGAUAAUAAGGAGCCAGUCUUUUGCUGGUUUCAGCACUUUACAGGAGAGAAGGUCCAGGUGUAACUCCUUUAUUGGCAAUUCAGUUGCUUCUAAGAAGCCACAAUCCAAGCCAAAGAAGAUCCACACGUCGGGACACAAAGCCAGCAGCACAUGGAAGGAGUCCCAGCCUAAACGAGUCGAGGAAGUGUACGAGGCAUUAAAACAUGGACUGAUUGAAUAUCUGGAAGUCCAUCAAGUGGAACUAGACAAGCUGACCCCUCAGAUGAAAGAUAUGAAGAGAAAUUCCAGACUGGGUGUCUUAUAUGAUCUUGAUAAGCAAAUCAAAACAGUAGAGCGAUACGUUCGAAGAUUGGAAUUCCACAUUAGUAAGGUGGAUGAGCUGUAUGAGGCUUUCUGUAUCCAGAGACGAUUGCGAGAUGGUGCCUGCAAGAUGAAACAAGCCUUUGCCAUGUCUCCCUCCACAAAGGCUGCCCGAGAGAGCUUAGUGGAGAUAAACCGACGCUACAAAGAGUACAGCGAGAAUAUGUGCACCUUUGAAGGAGAGCUGGAAAAUCUUUUGGGGGAGUUCCACAUUAAAAUGAAAGGUCUUGCUGGCUUUGCGCGCCUCUGCCCAGGGGAUCAGUAUGAAAUUUUCAUCCGGUAUGGACGUCAGCGAUGGAAGUUAAAGGGCAAGAUUGAAGUAAAUGCAAGGCAGAGCUGGGAUGGAGAAGAAAUGAUCUUUCUGCCAUUGAUCACUGAUCUAAUUUCCAUCAAGGUGACUGAAUUAAAAGGCCUGGCCACGCACAUUUUGGUUGGAAGUGUUAUCUGUGAAACCAAGGACUUGUUUACAGCAAGGCCUCAGGUGGUUGCUGUCGACAUCAAUGACCUUGGUACUAUCAAACUGAAUCUGGAGGUAACCUGGUAUCCGUUUGACGUUGAGGAUUUGACGCUGUCCAGCACUGGCAAUGCGAAUAAAGCUGCAGCUUUGCAGAGGAGAGUCUCGGUGUACAGCCAGGGCACUCCAGAAACUCCCACCUUUGAGGAAACUUCGUUUUUUUCUGCCUUGCCUGACGAUGUCUUUGAAAAUGGGAUUUCAGCUGGCGAAAAGAAGUGCUUGUCUUUGAGCUUCAAUGAGCUCCCCAACGGACACUGUACCCUCCCCCCUGCUCUCAUGUCUUCAGUUCUCGGUCACUCUAAUCCAGAGAUCACAGUAACCCCACCAGAAAAUGACUCUGAAUCCCAGAACUCCUCUGAGAAAGAUCCAAGUGGAAGUUUAACGAGCGAGAACAUGACAGAAACAGAAUCAGAACAGGCCGAGAGCCUCCAGAACAGGCCUGGCCCUUUGUGUUCAGAACACAGGCAGCAGCUGUCCAGCCUAGGACCUGAAGAUGUGUUCUUAGACUCCAGUGUCUCUGAUUCUCUCCUGCAGGACUCUGACGAGGCAUCUGAGUUGAAGCCUGUAGAGCUUGACACGGAUGACGGGAAUCUCACCAAACAGCUGGUGAAAAGGUUGACCUCAGUGGAGACCCUGAUGAACCCAGACAGGAUGCCAUCAGAUGGCUCCCUAAGCUGGGAGUCCGACGGCAGCAGGUCCUUCCUGGAUGGCAGUCUGGAGGAUUCCCUUCAGGGGCUUCUCCUUAGCCUGGAGACCCACAAGGAGCGGUUCCGGGAGCUGCAGGACCUGGAACAGGAGGUGAUGCGGCUGGAAGAUCUGCUCAAGUGCAAGCCAGCUAUACACAGAAGCAGGUCUUCGAGUUUAAGUCUGACUGUUGAGACUGCUUUAGAAAGCUUUGAUUUCCUCAACACCUCAGACUUUGACGACGAUGACAAUGGUGAUGAUGGGGAAGUUCCUCACUCUGUGUACUUUGACAUGGAGACAGAGAAGAACGGUUCAGGGCACCCACAAGCCAGAGGUCACCUGAGUGAAGCUCUUACUGAAGACACAGGAGUCGGCAACAGCGUAGCAGGAAGUCCUCUACCACUCACCACAGGGAAUGAGAGCCUGGAUAUAACAGUUGUUAAACACUUACAGUAUUGCAGCCAGGUCCUACAGCAACUCGUCUCUUUGGAGGGAAAUGCUCUUGCUCAGAGGAGACUUCUGGAGAAACUCACAGGCCAGACCCUGGUGCUGGAGAACCUGGGGGAGAUCAGUACAGACAGGCCUGGAGGCAUUACCUCUGCAGCAGAAGCAAUCCCAGCCCUUGAUGAGAAAAAGCUGCUGCUGUCGUUCUGGGAGGAGUGCAGCGGGCCAGGCAGUGUGUUCCACGCCUCCGUCGACAGAGUCAUGAAGCAGAUGCACAACUGUUUUGCAGCAGCAGUUCAGGAAAAAUAUCCAGGCGGUGCUGCUUUAGCAAUCAGAUGUGUGGUGAAUGAAAUGAUGGACAGAAGUGAACUGGUCUCCACCUCCUCCUCCAGCUGCAGUCUCUCGCCAGAUGUAAUAACUAUCUUCCAGUUUCACAACUACAUGACCACACAUGGAGUGUCCAACAUUGAGGACUACCUGAUCCACACAGCCAAUGAAGUCUUGCUGGUGGAGAUCCUGCACACUGCGCCACCCGAGACAGUGCUGAGGAAGCUGCAGGAGGUGGAGGCCCCAGCCCUGCAACCACGGCAAGAAACCCUCAGGGUUCUCGCCUCACUUCUCAACAGAAACAGCGCUGAAGUCAGUCAGACUGUGGCAGCCUUUCUUAAAGCAGCCGGGCAGGACAAACACUUUAGGGAAAAGGCUGUUCUGUAUUACACCGAAGCACUAUCAGAGCCCAGUAUGCAGCUGCAGAUGUCUGCUUGUGUGGCACUUAGAUGCCUUAAAGCCACUGAAAGUAUUGACACAUUGGUUUCAUUGUGCAAGUCUGCCAAUGAGGAACUAGGACACGUUGCUGCAGAAACUCUUCUGACCUUCGGAGAAAAUGGUCGACUGGCUUACGAGCAGCUGGAUAAAGUUCCUCACGAGAUGAUUAGACUGGGCACGCGAAGAGGGAAUGUCGUUACGACAGCUUUUUAAAGGGGAAGCAGUCCUGCCUGUCCUCAGUAUUAACUAUGGGGUACAACUAUACUCUACCUAAGUGAGCCCCUGUGGUGUGGGGAAGAGGGUUUAAACUAGCUAGACAAGUGCUAGCUUUCAGUUCAGUUUCUAUACUGAAUUACAGCUUCUUAAAUGGAGACUGUGCUGAUUCUGUGUCCAUUCACAUCAUAGCAUUAACAAGCCAUUUCUGUCUUUACAGAGCAUUUUAUUAUUAUUGAUUUCAGUUGGUUAAAUUCAUAGAUGUUUGUGCUUUGUAAGAUUUCAUCAUGUUUGUGCUUUGUAAGAUUUAUGUACAUCUUUUGUAUUUUACUGUUCCCUUUCAAGUACAAAAUGUAACCAUUACUGAAGGGGUAUUUAUCUCCUAAAGACCAGAAACCUGAAAAUUGUAUAUCAAAGCUGCUCAGUGAGCCUGUGACGUAGUGGUGGCCCCGCCCCUGAGGGCACAAAAGGACUGGGCUCACAGAUCUCAGCACCAUUUUUCCUUUCAAGACUGAUAUGAUCGGAGAGCCUUGGACGUCAAGGGCACCUAUUUCCACAUCCCCAUAAAACUAGCGAACAGGAAGUAUCUGCGGUUCACCUUUCAGGGAACUACAUACGAGUUCCGUGUCUCUAGCGCCACGUGCCUUCUCGAAGUGCAUGGAAGCUAAUUUGACUCAAGUCAGAGGACUCAACUAUCUGGACAACUGGCUAAUUGUGCCUAGUCUCCUGCUCAGACAGAAGCCCGCAUGGAACUUGUCACCAGCCACCUUCAAUGGUUGGGCCUUAAAGUAAAUUAUGUGAUGAGCCAGCUCACACCUCUCCAGACACUCCUUCUCAGAGUGUUCUUGGUCUCCGGGUCCAUGCUGAUUACCAGCUAAAGCUCUUUGCCUCCCAGGAAUCAACCCACUGUCCCCUCGGGUUUUCCAUAUUAAGAGGUAGGGAACGGUUGGGAAUAGAUGCCUUGGCACACCAGUGGCAUCUCUGCUGUGUCUGAAGGAGAUCAGGCAGGACUGGGCAAAGUUGCUCUUAGUAGCCCCAUACUGGCCCAGAAAAACUUAUGUUCAACCUUGUUGCAGCUCCUGAGUGGUCAGCCGCAGAGACUGCCCUUGGUGCACUUAUCCAUUCGAUAAUGGCUACGUUUCGUACUUGUUUAUCAUAACCCUGGUUCCCUGAAAUAGAAAUGUAACAAUUAACCCAAGGUCACUGCACUCUUGUUUGUAGCAGACUUGAAGGAAAAAUGACACUGAGAUCUGUGAGCGCAGUCAUUUUGUGCCCUUUACAGGCUCGCUGAGCAGCUUUGGCAUACAAUUUUCAGGUUUCGGGUCUUUAAGAGGUAAAUACCCAUUUAUUAAUGGUUACAUUUCUAUUUCAGGAAACCAGAAUUAUGAUAAUAACCUGAUAUUUUAUUUUGUUUUUCAUUCCUCUGCAUACCAUUUUAUUUAAGGGUUUGAGUCGUGAAUAACUACAAUAGUGUAUAGGCCCAGAAGGACAGUGUUAACGCAGUGUUGAAUGCAAAGUGGACCUUUCAAGAACAGAUGUGUUUCAGCUCAGGUGUAGAUUAAUUAUUUGAUAAUAUGUCAUAUGCAAAACAUUUACAUCACAAGUAAAUUCCAGUGCAUAUAUAGAAAGUGUUGAAAUACAUAUUGUGUGACUGCAGUUAAAAGUGUCAGGGACCCAAUGACAACAGAAAACUGACAUAGUCACAGACAAACGUAUUGGCACCCUUCUCUUAUUAUAGCUUAAUUCAAGAAAACAGAUUAAGGACAAGCAUUUAGUAAACUUUAACCACUUGACAAUAAAACAAAAAGCUAAAUACACAAUUUCUA